AUUCAAACUUGACUAGCAUUACUGUUAAUCAGUUGUAGUUUUUUGUGUUUCGCGAUGCCUUCUGAAAGUCUACGAUGGGAAACUUUACAGGCCUUGAAAAAUUCACCAAAGGGGAAAAUCUCCUUCGACCCGUUCUGGUUGGAAAGGGGAGAGCCUCUUUUAGCAGGUUGUAAAGACUCCCCAAGCUUGUCCCCAAUCGCUGGUGUCAUAUUGGAGCGUCUCAGCUCGGCGCCCCUGCAGAAGUCAUCAUCCUUCCUGGGCUCCAGAUCCGGAGACUCCAGCCCUGUUCUCUCAGAAGUCUCCAUUUCUUCUACCGGAUCUGUCCCCGAUGUCAGCGCCAGGACAGCUGCAUUUUCUGCAGCAGCAUCUGUAAAAAAUGAGCGAGAACAGAGUCUUGGUGAUAAGGUGAAGGAUGAAAGUCCAGAGGCAGAUGUCAGUGGAGUUUCCAGUCCUACAUCACUACCUGCCAUUUCCCUCCUGUCUCCCAAAGCCAUGGAGAUGGCUGGCUGUAUCAUCAAAGUUCAGGAGGAGCAUCGAGAAAAGGCUAAGUUGGCCCUCAGGGUGCGGCAGGAGAUGCAGGAGAAGCUCGUAGCGGCGGUUGCGAGCGCCGAGUCAGAGCAGCUGAAACGCUUUGAGGAGCUCAUGGAGCUGAAGCAGAGGCAGGAGUACCAGAGUAUGAGGGACAUGAUGGAAAGAGAAACGAAGGAGAGCAUCGGGCGUCAAGAGAAGCUGAAGGAGGAGCAGCGGCGAAGAAUAACGCUCGUCAACCUACGGCUGAGGGAGGCAGAGCAGCAGCGUCUUCGGGAGGCAGAACUCGAGAGGCAAAGGCAGGCGGAGGGCAGGGAGAGACUGCGUAGCCUCAACAGCAUCCAAGAGGAGAUCCUGCAGCUCAACCAGCUGCUUGAGCCCUCCACCCAGACCAAGACGGACCUCCCACCGGCAAGCCUCAGCUCCUACAGCACCCGAGGGAACCAGCUGUGCUCCCAGGUGUCAGAGGUGGUGCGAAAGACUGCAGAGGGCAACUUCCCCAGCUUGGAGGACAUGACUGUGGCAGAGCGAGCCCUGCAUGAGAUGAGAGCGCUUAUUCGGCUGAUGCAGGAGGAAGCGGCCAAGGUUCGAGAAAAGAAGAAGAAGGAGCAAGAGCAGGAGGAGGAGCGCAGGAAGCAGGCGGAGCUGCUGGCGAAGCAGGAGGGGGAGAAGAAGGCGGCACAGCUGGCCAAAGAGAAGGCACAGAGGAAAGGGUUGCAGAACAGCGCUGAAGACGUCACGCUGAAGUGGUACAAGGAUCUGCAGGAGGCGGCUGCUCGGUGCGCUCAGUCCUUCGAACAGCUCAACUCUGCAAAAGACGGACAGACAAAGAAACUGAAGCUGGAGCUCCAGAAAGCUGCCACCAUCCCUGUCAGUCAGAUCGCCAGCAACUCUGGAUCGCAGCUCCGAGAAAUCUUCGACAAGAUCGACAAGCUUCUGUCGGGACGGCCGGUCGUGUCCGGGGGGAGAUCGGUGUCCACCUCACAACACCCGCAGGGUCUCGAGUUCGCCAGCUACAAACUGGCUGAGAAGUUUGUGAAACAAGGAGAGGAGGAAGUGGCGUCUCACCACGAAGCGGCCUUCCCCAUCGCCGUGGUGGCUUCUGGAGUCUGGGAGCUGCACCCUCAGGUGGGAGACCUCAUCCUCGCCCACCUGCACAAGAAAUGCCCCUAUGCAAUCCCUCACUACCCGCCGAUGAAGGAGGGCACGCCCGUGGAUGAAUACCAGAGGAUUCUUGGUUACCGUGUAGACGACUCUGGAGUCGAAGGUCAGGACAGUUUCUUGAAGAGGAUGUCUGGGAUGAUUCGCCUCUAUGCCGCCAUCAUCCAGCUGAAGUGGCCCUACAGCUCCAAACAAGGGCCCGUUCCUCAUGGUCUGAACCACGGCUGGCGUUGGUUGGCUCAGAUGCUCAACAUGGAGCCUCUGGCAGACGUCACAGCGACUCUGCUGUUUGACUUUCUAGAGGUUUGUGGGAACGCUCUGAUGAACCAGUAUCGGAGCCAGUUCUGGAAGCUCAUCCUGCUACUGAAAGAGGAAUACUUCCCCAGGAUUGAAGCGGUGACCAGCAGUGGACAGAUGGGCUCGGUCAUCAGACUCAAACAGUUCCUGGAGACAUCGCUGCAGAGACGACAGAUCAGUCCGCCCAGAGGCCAGCUGGGCUCCGGGUUCUGGAGGUCUUGACCGAUGAGGACCUGCGCUGGGUGACGACGCCAUUGUAGGACUGAGUCAGGCAGAAAUGAAUUGAGAGCAUCUGUGAGUGGAAAGAUGGGAGAAAGUUGUCCUGUGGUUUUAGUUUUUAUCUAAAUGAGCACACUGACGACACACACUGAUGACACACACUGGAAGCCUCACGAGUCCUCUGCGGUUGUGAGGUCACAUUUUUGAGGUCACAUCUGCUUCUGCUGACCUGAAGCAGAUGUGAUCCUGGUACUGACUGAGACACCUGUGGGGUACUUUUAACCUUAAUUUCAUUGGCUGCUUUUCUGCUGAAAUUCUUGAGCUUUUCUUAAGGGUUUUUUUUUUUUUUUUAAAUUCCCAGGUGUGUCGAGUCAUUCCUCCUAAAGAGAGACGCUUUCACAGCCUUAACUUUCACGUUAAAUUAUUUUGCUGAUUCAGAUAAUAAUUUUUAAUAGUUUACCUUCUUGUUUUUCUCUUUUUUGUGGCACAAAAACAACAAAAUCUCUAUUACAAAAAUAACUGACCAGUUUUAAAGUGUUUCAGCUGCGCAGACACCGUCGAAUGUCGUCUUAUUUGUCGAUACUUCGGUGCAUUUCCACCAUUGCUGCUCACGCGUCUGUCGCCUUACUCACGCAUAGUCUGUGUAAGGCAGCUGGCAACAUUUGAUCAUUCCGAUCUCUGACAUACCGGAACAAAAUGUGGUGAGAUUGAUUAAUAAAAACUGGAUUAAAAGCUACUGAAAUCAAAAAGUGAAACAAAAUUAUUUGUCGAAGUAAAAAUCAAAUGAUUGAUGCUUUUAAAGGUUCUUCUUGAAAAUCCCUCUGUUUUAAAAAUGCUUUAAAACCUUCUAAAAUUGAAGCCAUCAGCAGAACUGCUUUGACUUUAUCAUACUUUAUUUUAGAGAUGAAGAGAGAUCUGCUGAAGUUAAGCUCAGGCUGGGCUCUAAUUCUGUGCAAUAUCAAUUUUAUACCACCAGAUGGUGCAGUGAGUAAGUUUAACCUUUAUUUAACCAGGUGAACACAGCCUGAUAAAAGGCAAAGCUUGUAGAGGAAAUGGAUAAAAUAAAAUAAUAAAAGAGCAGCCGCACACAUCUGUAAACACUUCAGCAACGCUGCUGGUAAAAUGCUGCCCCCUGGUGGUGAGGGGUUUAGAUUCUGCAGAGGGCAAAUUACAAAAAUUACCUUUAAAGGCUGAUCUAUUAACAUCCGACCUGAAGAAGCAGAUUCAAGUUGAUGUCAAAAGAUUUUGAGUCAAAGCUCAUGUCCACGUAAACACGGUCACCUGAACAUCUGCUCAGGUGGCCAGAUGUGCCUGCUUUGAUUUCUGAGUGGAGUAAAACAUGAGAAAAUGAGGACGUGAAAUGACGUGUUGAUUUUAAGGCGUCCAAAUCAGUGAGGUUUCCAGUGUCGUCGUUUUGUUUACAGCUCUCAACAUUAUAAGUUUCAUCAUCCUGAGGAGAGAGAAGCUGCUUACUCGCAACGUUUUAGCAGAGCAGGUAGAAACCUGUUUAUUCAGCCUUAAUAUUUUCUGUUCAAAUCAAAUUGUGUCAAAUGAUUUGGACUUUUUAUUUAUUUUCUCACUGUGUGGAGCAAAAAUUCAUGGUUUGAAGUGUUGUUUUAAAUCAUUGUCAAUGAGAGAAACCAAAGGUUUGAUCCAGAAAUGAUCGAAGACUGUUUUGUGAAGUGAAACUCAAAGUGAUUGUUUUCUGAAUGUAAUGAAGAAUAAACAAAUCUAUGGGUACCAGAAUUAGUGCAGUCUACAGGAGUUGUUGA